AUGUAUAAGAGGAUUGUUCAGCAGGCUUUCCAUGCUGUCGCCAACUUCAAAUCUCCAGAGGACACCAUCAUCCCGCAACCUCCUCCUCUUCAGAAGGAUGCUUUAAGGGCUCUGGCCCAGAGAGGCCACGACUCUGUCUAUAACAAAGGCCACGCUUCUGAGAGCAAUGAGGAAAUAACAUCACCAGCAUGUCUAGAUGGGCUGAACCGACCUGUACAGCGGGAGAAAACCUCGUUGGGAAGCUUAAAGAGAGCCAGCGUGGAUGUAGAGCUACUGGCGCCCCGCAGCCCAAUGGGUAAGGAGACCAUGGUAACCUUCAGCAACACAUUACCCAGGGCUACAGCUCCAGAGGAGCCAACGAGGCGUCUGGUGACAGUACCUGUUCCAGUACCACUAGACCCCAUGAGGUCACAGCAAUUAGUGUCUGAAUGGAAGCAAAAGUCAAUGGAAAUGCGAGGCGGCAGCUUGCCCGAUGAGGACACCAGUGAUCAGGGCUCAGAUGGCGGCAACGACACGACCACAGAGGAGGACAGCGUCCACUCUUCAGUUUAUUCGUCUGUUCAACCAUCAGCCAAACCGGCUAACCCCCCUGCAGGCGCAAGAGUAGUGAUGCCUCCUCGUCCCCCAGCACAGCCUUCAGUCCCUCCACCUGUGUCCCCUAAAAGCGCCAGCACUCGGGCCAAAUGGCUGUCCAUCACAGAGAAAAGUGGUGCUAAUAUUCCAGUCCUCAAGGCAGGAAAUCAGCCACGGAUCAUGCAGGUCAUUGCCAUGUCAAAGCAACAGGGACUCCUGACUGGAUCGGCCAAAUCGUCAGAGACCUCGUCCUCUUCUGGUACCUCAUCCAUCACGGGCACAGAAUCAUCGCCUAAUCGCUCGGAACGCGACAGCGGUUCAGGCAUCAUCACGGUUGAUGCCCAUGCCCCCCACCACCCCGUAGUCCGUAUGACCUCCAACCCCAAUAACCCUUGGGAGUGGAGAGGAUCUUCUGAAGGAAACAUGGCUGAGUCGUACGAGCUUAAAAACCUCAACCGCGAUGGUUCCCGUGGUUACCGCAAUGUAAGGAGCGGCUCUCCUUGUUCCUCCACCAGCGAGCCCGAUCACGGACUGCCCCAGCCUCCGCAUCCUCCCCAACCACCACUUCCCCCUCAACUCCCACCCAUGGGUCACACCUCAGAGGGUCGCAGUCUGCGCCGCAAGACCCCUCUAGUUCUGCUGGAUAGGGAGGGCAAUCUGAACCACAUGGAACAGGACAACUACUACAAAAAGUUACAAAGUGGCAGGCAUUACAAAGAGUGACGAUGUGCUAAUAUAUAUGUGCACAACAACACUUUUUGGUCAUUUGGGUUUAAUUACAUGGAUUUGAUCCCAAGAGGAAUAUCAGAAUAACCGGAUCCACUACACUUUGAGUCAGUAGAGCUUUCAGGAGACGCUGCUUCUGACGACUUAAGAGCACAAUGGUUUUUGCCCUUUGCGUGCAAGCCAAACUACAUUAUCAAAAUUUCCAUCAGAUGUAUUGUAUUUACAUAAUCUUCACAUUAUCAGAGUGUAAAAUAAGGUUUGGGAUUAUUUUUAUUGCUGCUCUUUUUGUUUAUACUUGACUUAUUUAAAUGUGUGACUGAGAUGUCAAGUUGAAUUUAUGUGUGUUUACGCACGAUUGUUUAGUAGUGUAUGUUGUAGUGAUACAAUAAUAGAAAAUAUUUGACUGCCUUGUAACGCUCACAGUGAAAACCGAUUUAAAGUGUUUUGUUGGCGCUUUAUGAAUGAUAAUUGCUUUGCAAAAGGGUAGCAUCCGUUCUUCGUACAUCUGAAUAUAAUUGCUGAUAAAUUGUUCUGGACAUACUGCAAAUAUACUGAUGACACCCUGUGAAAAACAGUUCGAAUAAGCACUUAUAAAUUACUUCAUCUCUGUGUGUUAACAAGUGAGGUGAAUUGGAUUGUCUGUGAGUAAUUUUAAACUGCUCUGGACUCUAAAGAAAGUAUUCUCUCACAAUCCAUCGCAUACCUUAUAGUGGAACAGCAACUGGACAACAGGUACAGCAGGUCACACAUUUUAUGUAUCAUAAUGAGAAGGAGUUUCCCGAAAGAAACAGCUUUUUUUUGGUGUAAAUCACAAGAAGAAUUUCUACAAACACUCUGGGAUUUAUCUGUAAUAGUUAGCGGUCUCCUUGUCAUGCUGUUUCCCAGAGGUUCGCCUCUAAAUGAACUUGAUGCAUGUUAUGUGAGUGUCGUCAAGGUGGAAGUGAAGCCUUGUCAGUGAAGAAUUCCAAUCUGUUAUAAUGUACGUGUGCAGCUGUCACUGCAGGUUAAAGUCUGUGUGCGUCAGCUCUCUCUUCAUGGUGCUCCGAGCUGCUCCUGGAUCUUUGUAGAUGGUUGUCCUUAAUGGAUACUUCGUGCUGUUGAUGCAGUUUCCGAAAAAAAAAAGACAACAUAAAUGACAACAAUAAACAAGCUGCUGUAAAUUACAGUGACCUUAAAUUGUAAUUUCUAACACACUGCAAACAUUACCCCUCCCAUUUUUGUACAGAAGUAUUUACAAUUUGUAAUUUCAUUUAUGAAGUGUAAAUCAAAGCAGGUUAGUUUUGGAGAUGCAUAACCAAUGAGUAGACAUUUGAGAGCAAUGAAAGCUAAGCGAAUUACCCUUUGCUACAGGGUUGCCAGGUUUCGCAAAAACAAAAUUGCCCAAUUGCUAUUCAAACUUAGUCUAAUUUUGUUAGCCUUGUGUUUACCAGGAAUCCCUGGUAAAAAAAAAAAAAUCACAUUCCAGGGGGUAAAAUACAAAUUUUUCGAUGGAGAUAAAUAUCACAUAAUUGGAGUUGCUUUAACCCAUGGACAUGAAAAACAAUCAGUGGCAAGAGUGUUAACGUAGCCUGAUUCUGCAGGAAAACCAUGGACUUGCAACACUGCUUUGCCAAGAGUUUGACUGACAUGCGAUCUGACCAAUCAAAAUGCUAUAUCUGCUAGUUCAUUAACUUCAGUGGACUUAAAGGUCCACAAGGUGUCCCAUACGCACGUGUAAUAUACCAAACCUAAGGAUUACUUAGAAGUGUAUGCAUUGUUUUUGUUUGUCAUUAUUUGGCAUUUGAUUGUUACACUAAGCAAACUCACAGAAGAGCAACUCAGUAAUUACUUCAGAGUAAUAUAAACCAAUAAAAUACAGCAGAUCCGCAAACUGCCAGGCUUUUAAGUUCGAUUCCAAUAUGACAUGCUUGCAUUUUGGGACCUGAUUUUUAAACAGCUUGAUUUCUCAUUAAAACUGGAUUUUUUUUUUUUUUUUUAAAUCUCUGCACCAAAGAUAAAUUCUAGCCCAGAGCAUUUCACAGCCUUGCUGAGGUCAUACUUUAAAUUCUUAUUAAAUGCAGAUUAAACCGGCAGUGCAAGCGUUCAUACAUACGGAGUAUGAAUAUGAAACUUUCAGAUGCAGGAUGCGGCAAGUCGCCAAUAAAAGAGUGGCAGGAAGAGAAAGAAAAAUUGAGCGCCUUUUCUUUUUUUUUACUAUACUGAAAGCACACCAUCUGUGACAAAGUAUUUUUUUUUUACAGUAAAUCAACAAAACAGUGAUUUUUGAGUAUAAUGAUUGCAGUGAUUUUAUCAAGAAACACUCAAGGCAUCUGAUGCCUCGACAGCAUCCCACACCUGGGGUUUAAUUAUACUGUUGCCAUGCAGUGUUCUGAGUGAGUACUGCAGAGAUGCACAAAGCAUGUUCUAUCUCCUCUCGAGGCAUCAACAAUUAGCUUGCCGUCAAUCUAUGUGAAUGUCAGACAAGAUACAUUUUAAAGAUCUCUCUGUAUUGAACUGCAGCGUCUCAGAGAGACCGCAGAUGCAGUCUGCUAAAUGAAUAAAUGUUCAGAUCAUUAGGCAUGCCAUGCUGGCUUACAGCUAUAUGUAGUAAUGUUUCAAGUCUUUCUGAAUCAUGCUGUGACUUCUCAAGAAGCCGGCGGUGCAUUUGCGGCCCAACUUGGUAUCGUGAAAUCUACCUGGCACCAGCAUAAGCUUCUUCCACCUAGUCAACUCUGACGCCUACAUACGCUCUCCAAACACGAGCAGUGCCCACGCCAUACGCUGCAACUAUCGUGAAGCACAAACAGAGCUCUGGCUGUUGCUAUGGUGACUGGGUUGAGCAGUGGGGGCCUCUAGUGCAGAGCAAUUUAUCAUUUUAAUAAGAACUAUAUGUGUGUUUCAAGGGGUGGGUUUGGACUCACAGUCACAGACAUACAAUUCAUUUGAUUACGCCGAACGCUUUUGAAAAAUGAGAGGCUGAAAUGGAUGUUGAGCCCUGACAAAGUUUCCUUCGUUUUCAGCUAUGAGAGGUGUAUAGGCUGGGUUUAUUAUCAUGUUAUCUGAUGUAAUCUUUUCACGAAAGAUGAGAAAAGUCUCUCUGGAAUAAUGUCACAUUUAAAUAUUAUUAAACUGAAAGCUGACA